AUGGCAAACCUUUCGCUCGACAAUACGCUCGGUGCAUUCUCUAUUGGUGCUACGUUAGCUAACAUUCUGUUUGGUAUAACCACCCUGCAAUCUGCAUUGUAUUACAAAAACUACCCGAACGACGGACGGUUCUAUAAAGCCUCGGUGGGGAUUAUCUGGAUCCUUGAUACAUUAGACGUCGCGGUUACUGCUCAUGCUUCAUAUUUCUAUGCUAUCAAGAACUUCGGAAAUAUUAAAGCUCUUACUGAACACGACAUUGUUUGGAGCUUUAAGCUGCAUAUAUUGAUUUGUGUCGUCGUCCGAGUCUUUGUUCAAACGGUAUAUGCUCUACGCUUAUGGAAACUCGGACAAUACAUUCAUCAAUCCAUACUAUGGUCAAUUAUCCUCGUCACUACUAGCAAUGCCGGUGCGAGAAGUCUGCUUGCUCCAAGUCUAAACCGUGUACUAAUAAACACAACCCCGGGCCAGCUUGCGGUAUAUAUCUUAUCAAAUCUGUGCAGGAACUCGGGCCUAUCACGCUACUCAAUUAUCAUUGACAGUGAUACUCUUAACAGCUAUUCGGUCUCCAACUUCUCCGAAACACCGACCAUCAAGUUUCUCCUCUGGCCAGACACUCUCAUAUUCCUCGGUGUUGAUUGUUUACAGCCCAAACUGUUCAUCAAUUCCUUGUUAGCUAUGCUCAAUGCAUGGAAAGCGUUUCGAAAUAUCGAGAAUUCUUUCCGACUACGAACGAUUAACUCUACUGGAUUGACGUCUGAGGGUGUGCGUGACCACCGCGGGAAGGAUAAGCAGGCUAUUAUUGUAUCGAUGGAGAUUGAGUCGGAAACUGUUUGA